AGCCCUAGCCAGCCUAACCUGCCCAGACCAGCCCACUGCGAGCCCUGUCUUCUCUUCCCUCUCUUCCCUGACCGACGAAAAAGAAAAGGGCGAAGCGGAUGCACCGGCGAUUACAGACCUAUCCCAGCCAGCCCAGCCCAGCCCAGCCCGGAAUUUUAAUGUUGGCGACCGCUGCUGCUGCUGCUGCUGCACUGACAUCGAUCGUCUCUCUUCAUAAGAUUCUCUCCUGUGCUUCUCUCGGCCACUUCUCUCGUCUCUUCCUCUUCCUCCUCCCUCUUCUCUCUCCUAUUGCAUCCAUUCGUCUCGACCUCACCUCACCUCACCUCACCUCACCUCACCUCACCUCACCUCCCCUCACCUCCCCUCACCUCCCCUCCACGUCCUCGUCGUUUCUUCUUCGUCCCGUCUGCCUGUGCGUCUGCAGACUCUCAAACGUCAACGGUCGUGGUCGGCAGCAGAGGAAGCUAUCAAAUAGCAGGUACAUCCAGGCGUGCAUUUGGUGGAACAAAGAUAUCAGUGGCGCCACCUCGAGAACGCGCUUUCCUCGCGACAACCAUCCAACAAUCAGCACACCACAUCUAUCACACGAACCUGCUUCGACGGUAACCGGUCAUAUUGCAGACUCAGCCACCCGAGCAACAUACCUUCACCGCUGCACCUCGGGGUCAGACAAAUCCGCGCGACAUUGAUCUACGACAUCCUUCCUGAAUCAGUCCUCAGUGCACCGACAAGUUUCACUCGACGACUCAGAUUUCUAUUGGUUUAGAGCAAUCUUAUCAGCGACUCUUCUCUCCACGCCCUCACGAAAUCUCAUACCUUCUGCUUCCAGCAGCUAUUACAGUCCAUGAGCACAAUGCCUCAAAGACAACUCCGAAAUCCGUUUGCCAGUACUCCCAGCACAGCGGUUGCCAUACCGCCCUCCGACAAGCCUACAGCCCGGCGACCUUCGACCUCGAAGGCCAACAGAUUGACUC